AUGCCGCGCGCCCCCGAGCACGUCUUCUCGCUGCUCGAGAUGGUGGAGGCGCUGCUCAACCUGCGCCCUGCUGUGAGUCAUUCCCUCAUGCCCCGCCGUGUGUCAUGCACUGUGUGUCAUGCAGUGAGUCAUGACGUGAGUCAUUCCCUCAUGCAGUGGGUGGAGAAGCAGUUUCCCGGGGAGGCGGGCGGUGAGGUGCGGCAGCAUCUGGUGGGCAUCUAUGUGGUGCUGUGCCGCACGGAGGGGGGGGAAGAGAGGAAGGGGGAGGAGGACGGAGAUGGGGGAUGGGGGAGUCAUGGGGAGGAGGAUUUGGACCCGAGCCACAGAUCGGAUGCCAGCCAUCGAUCUCACCACGGGGGCGGUGGGUUGCACAAUCGGAUGGUCAGCGGCAACGCGUCAAGAGGGAGGGGCAUUCUGGGGGGGCUGCUGCCAAAGAAGGUCAGCAAGGGGCACGAGGAGGGCAAGGGCGAGACGCGGGGGAAGAGCAAGGCAGAGAGCAAGGAGGGUGGGGGGUUGGCGGGGCAGGACGUGGUUGUGAGAGGCAGUCCGGUCGUGCACCCUCUGACGAGCUACGUGGUGAACUUCAUCCUGCUCUACUUCAACGAGUGCGUGGCCCCUCCCCCAUGUGAUCGGCACAGUACGCUGUACCUCGGCACGCUGCUGCUAGUGUACGACGAGGGCGGCAACCACCACGAGGGCGCCGUGCGAGUGGGCGCCGCCACGCGCCACCUGCUAGCAGCGCUCAAGGCGAAUCUGGAGCGCAAGGGCGACGCGUUCCAUGACGAGGCGAUGCGCGCCGUGUUCCUCAUGAACAACUGCGAGUACAUCCAGCGCAAGGUGGAGGAGUGA